CUUUGCCGUUUCAGGAAUUCGGCUACAAACGACAAUUCUGUCCAAAAUUCUUCUUCUUCCGCGUUUUCCCCUUUCUUUUAGAGCAAUUUCGAAUUAGGGUUUUUGAUUUCCCCCCCUCUCUGCGAUCAAAUUCCCCAUCUUCCACAACUCCAUAGCCGAAUCCUCCAAUGGGGAAGAACGACUUCCUAACCCCGAAAGCAAUCGCGAACCGGAUCAAGGCCAAGGGUCUCCAGAAGCUCCGGUGGUACUGCCAGAUGUGCCAGAAGCAGUGCCGCGACGAGAAUGGCUUCAAGUGCCACUGCAUGAGCGAGAGCCACCAGCGCCAGAUGGAGGUCUUCGGCCAGAACCCGAACCGGAUCAUCGACGGCUACUCGGAGGAGUUCGAGCAGAACUUUCUAGAACUCAUGAAGCGUAGCCACCGGUUUAGCCGCGUCGCCGCCACCGUCGUCUACAACGAGUUCAUCAACGACCGCCACCACGUCCACAUGAACUCCACCCAGUGGGCCACCCUCACCGAGUUCGUCAAGUACCUCGGCCGCACCGGCAAGUGCAAGGUCGAGGAGACCCCCAAGGGUUGGUUUAUCACCUACAUCGACCGCGAUUCCGAGACGCUCUUCAAGGAGAGGCAGAAGAACAAGAGGAUCAAGGCCGAUUUGGCUGAGGAGGAGAAGCAGGAAAGGGAGAUUCGGAAGCAGAUCGAGAGGGCCGAGCAGCUAUUGCCUCCGGAGCAGAAUCGAGAGUCUGAGGUUGAGGACUCCGCCGCGAGGGAAUUGAAGUUAGAGAGCGGAGUUAAGGUCGGUUUCGCGCUGGGAAAUUCGGCGAAAUUGGCGUCCAAGGAGAAGACGGAGGCGGCGAAAUUGGUGUUUGAGGAGCCGGAGAGUGAUAGAGGGAUGAAGAGGAAAGCCGAUGGGGGCGGUAGUAAAUCGGCAUUGGAGGAAUUGAUGAGAGAAGAGGAGAAGAAGAAGGAGAAGAUUAACAGGAAGGAUUAUUGGCUUUGUGAGGGAAUAGUUGUGAAGGUUAUGAGCAAGGCUUUGGCGGAGAAAGGUUACUACAAGCAAAAGGGAGUGGUGAGGAAGGUGAUUGAGAAAUAUGUAGGGGAAAUUGAAAUGUUGGAUAGCAAGCAUGUGUUGAGGAUUGAUCAGCAGGAGCUGGAGACUGUGAUUCCGCAGAUUGGGAGCCUUGUUAGGAUUGUGAACGGCGCGUACCGCGGGUCGAAUGCGAGGCUGUUGGCGGUGGAUACCGAUAAGUUUUGCGCCAAAGUGCAGAUAGAGAAGGGUGUUUAUGACGGUAGAGUGCUUAAAGCUGUUGAGUAUGAGGAUAUCUGUAAAAUUGUCCAAUGAGUUUGAUUGAUGAUACACGAGUUUGUCUUUUUGUUUUAUCAGAAACUUGAAAUUGUAUCUUGUUUCCAAAGUCAAUUCCUUGGCAAGCUUAUUGAAUAGAAAAGAAUGAUGAAGCAUUAUGAA